AUGGAGGCUAUAAUCGUUGCAGCGGUGAGUCCGGCGGCGACAAAAGCGGUAAGCUUUCUGGUGGAUAGUCUAUCGCAGCUACUAUCGGAAAAUGUCGAUCUGAUAAGAGGUGCAGAUGGAGAAUUCCAGCGAUUACUGGAUGAAAUUAAACCCAUAAAUGAGUUACUAGCUGGAGAUUAUGCACAAUUGAAAAGCAACAACAAAGACAACAUCGAUUUGGAUGAAUUGUUCCUGAAAAUUCAACGAAUAGUAUAUAAAGCUGAAGAUGCGAUCGAUAAAUUCCUAAUUCAGGCGAAGAUUGACCAAGAUAACGUGUUCAGUAAAUUCCUUCCAAUUCCCAAAUGGAUCAACCAUUGGAAAAGCGCAACGGAAUUCAAUCAAAUUCUCAAACAAAUGACCGAAAUUCGCCAAGAGAGUCAACAGGUUCUCCAGAAAAGUCAUAUACAGAGUACUGCUUUACCGCCUGGAAAAAGUACGGGGACACAGGGUUCUGCUGAGGAGGAUAUCGAAGUGGUUGGUUUUGAUAAGCCUGCAGGAGAUGUUAUAAAGCGACUCGGUGAAGGAUCAAAGGAUCUUGAUGUUAUACCUAUUGUGGGAAUGCCAGGACUUGGAAAGACCACACUGUCAAGAAAAGUUUACAAUGAUUCUUCCCUUGAUUUUCAUUUUUACAAGAGAAUGUGGAUUUAUGUUGGGACAUCAAAGAAACCAAAGGAUAUUCUUGUUGAGAUUGUGAAUGAAGUCGCGCCAAGCAAUAGUAAAGAACUAAUUAAAGACAAGGAUGAGGACCAAUUAGCUCAUAUCAUACGUGAUUUUCUUGUUGAAAGAGGUAAAUAUCUCAUUGUCUUGGAUGAUGUGUGGGACACACAAGUUGUAGAUUUUGUCAAGAAAGCUUUCCCAAACAACAAAUCCCAGCCCCGAGGGGACAGAAUCAUGUUGACAACUCGCCAACAACGUGUGGCUGAAGCUGUCAGCGCUCGUCCUCACAAUCUGGAAAAUUUGUCAAAAGGGGAUAGUUUCAAGUUGUUGGAACAGAGAGUUUUUGGCAAAACAAGGGAGUGUCCUAUUAAUUUAAGAGGAUAUGGAGAAGAGAUUGUAGAUAAGUGUUGUGGCGUACCACUAGCCAUAGUGGUGAUUUCAGGAGCUUUGAAAGGUUGUAUGGACGAAAGUGAAUGGAUAGUAGUCAAAGAAAAUGUGGGGAAGAUCUGUACAAACAAGGACGACGAUAAAAGCUGCUUGAAAUAUGUUGAAACGAGUUACAAUCAUUUGCCACAACAGAAAAAGGCAGCCUUCUUGUAUUUUGGAGUAUUUCCUCAAGGCUUUGAUAUUCCUGCUUGGAAACUUAUUCGCUUAUGGGUUGCUGAGGGGCUAAUAAAGUCCGAUCUUCAAGGCAGUGAAAUCGAGAAGGUUGCAGAGACUUACUUGAGUGACUUUGCCGGUAGGAAUUUAGUGAUGGUGAUGCAAAAGAGAUCUAACGGUCAAAUCAAAACAUGUCGUCUCCAUGACAUGUUGCAUGAGUUCUGCAUUAUUGAGGCUAAAAGGAUAAGUCUCUUUCAACAAGUAUAUCUCCAACCUGGUGUUCAAGUUUUUCCUUCUAUAGAAGAUCCAAAUACUUCUCGUCGACUAUGUAUUCAAUCCUCUAUUCCGUAUAAUUUUAUCCCUAAAGAUAGAAUUGUACAGCAUGUUAGGUCUCUCUUAUGUUUUUCCUCAAUCCAAAAGAAAAUUGACUUGUCUAAUCUAGAGAACCCAAUUAAGAUUGGGUUCCCGAAGUUGAGGUUCUUGCUCCUUGAUAUUCUCUUCCUUGAAAAAUGGGAAACCACCACAGGCUCUCAUGAUCAUUUCCCCAGCCUUGAGCGCGUAAAUAUCACAAAUUGCAUAUUCUUAAAAGAGAUUCCUCAAGGAUUUGCUGAUAGCAAGAAACUGGAGCUGAUUGAGUUACACAAAUGUGAACCUUCCUUGGUGGCUUUUGCUGAGAAGAUCCAGGAAAAACACGAGGAUUUGGGGAGGAACAAACUUAAAGUUACUGCCUUCGAUUCAGAGAAAUGUCAUGAAGACGAUGAGUCAGGUACAAGUACAGGUCCAGGUGUAGAAACAACAGGAGUUUUUGGCUUUCCAUGGAUUAAAGGAAACAAAGACGUAAACUUCAAAGAAGAAAUUGAGGAAUGUUUGGAUGGUACAUUUGCCGUCCCUACAACCACCACCUCCUACAAUUGUUAUGACGAUGAAAUUCACAUCGACACAACUACUAUUACUACUACUACUACAUCAAUUUUCUGUGAUAAUCAGAAGAAGUUGCUAUUAGGAUUGGACAUUGAUCACGAUUUCAACCUCGAUCCCGAUCUAAUUGAUCAAUUUUUCACUGAUACUGCACAAUCGUCCUGUGACAAUGAUCAGGUGGAUGAAAUUGAAGAUCAACAAUUGAAAAUUGAAGUAAACGCCGAUCAAAAACUUGUUGAACCCAAGGAUGGGAGUUAA